AAGCGUGUCUUCUGCCGUUCACCAUCUCCAUUGAUUCAUCUCAUAUUGCACUCGUUAUGUUUUUUUCUUUCUUUGCCAGGAAGGUGGUCAUGUACUUAGGCAUUUUGUGGAAGAGUUAGUCUCCAAGUUGAGCAAUGUGGAUAGAGACUCUGUAGUAUACAUUGAUGAGUUGGUUGGUACCAAUGAGUUGUCCUUCAGAACUAAAAAAUUAAGUAAUAUGACAGUUGCCCAUGAUUUUAAUACGCUCAAAGCACCCUUGGGAAGCUCGAGGAUCCUCUACCAGUUUGAAAAAGAACAAGCUAAGCAUAUAUACAAACUAAGCAUAGGUUACUUUGAUCUUGUGAAGUUGUUGGGCUCAACGCAUGAUGCCAGACUUUCUUGCAUUAUGAGUAGUUUACUGGAAUUGCUUGCUAUGGUAGAUCAUUUGUUGGGCGGACCCAAAGAUUGGAAAGAGCAGGUGCCACUUGAGUACUUUAUGGAUUCACAUGGUGUGGGGGAUGUUGUGCAUGAGAGGGUCAAGAGGGCUAGGUACAUGCCUGGGGCUAUGUUUUCCAAAAUGCGAAGUAAAUUGCUUGAUCAAGUUGCACCGGUCCAGACGGUCGCAAAGGCUCUGUUCAAGUGCAUUGAUACCAAUCACGAUCAUCUCAAGGACAAGCAUUGUCAACAAGUUACAUCUUUCCUUUUCAUAGGACUAACAAGUAUGGGCCGAAGACAGCUUGUGGAUGACCUUUCAAAGUACUUAGUUGCAGAUGAUGGGACAACAAUGUUGGUUGAAGUGGAUUUGUCUACCUGCACUCGCCCAAACUCUUUUCUCAGAUGCACAUGUAGGAAUGAACCUGGUCUCUUGCUGAAGAACGCUAUUUUGAUGAGACCCUUCAGUGUCAUAGUGGUUUUUAACCUACAAUUGGCACAUCAAUCUGCUUUUACUGAUAUUAUCUCCAUUCUGGAUGAUGGUCUGUUGUCAGACAAUGAUGGGACUGUUUUAGAUUUUCGGAGGACUAUUAUCAUUUUUGCCUCGGAUCUAGGAAAUAAACGCCUAAUUGCCAAGCUUGUUGGUGGAGAUCCAAAUGGGUCCAAUAAUCGGGAUGGAAACAUGGACAAGGAUCCUAUAGGCUUUAGAUUUGAGAUACUUAACCGGGUGGAUGAAAUUAUGCUCUUUAAUGAACUCCACAGUGCUCGAUUGCCUAUGAAAGAGGGCAAGCAUCUCGCACCUAGGAUAAACGAUGUUUUGGUUAAUCUGUUUUACAAUGGCAAGAGAGAAGUGGAUGGAAACAACAGGAACCUAUUUGAUGAAAUAAUGAAAAUGGCUGACCGUUCAUGUGUGUACAAACUAAAGAGAGUACUCGUCAAACUUUGACGGAACUGAGUGCAACUGAAUUUGUAAAUGGAUUAUAGUUAAGACAGUAUAUUAUCUAAAAUCCUUGUUUUAUUGAAUUCACUAAGACUGUUACUCGUCAACAUCUCUAAG